CAGCAAAGUUUCUCUGUUCAUAGUUACAUGUCUCGAGCGGUUUGUUCUUGUCUCAAAAAAAAACGUUGAAGUUUUCUUUCCAAAAGUAACCAAAGUUCUUGCAAAAACUUUUUAAUUGCAUUAGACUAUAGCAAGAGUACGAGAGAGAGAGAGAUGCUGUCCACGGCGGAGGAAGAUCCUGAAGGUGGAGGAGGAACAGAACGAAGAGUCCGUAACGGCGGUGACGAGACGACCCCCGACGUACGGUGGACGUCGUGGUUGAUUCCGAUGGUAGUAACUGCCAACGUCGUCGUUUUCAUCUCCGUGAUGUACGUCAACGACUGCCCUCACAAUAGCCAUCGGUGUCUCGCAAAGUUCCUCGGACGUUUCUCCUUCGAGUCUUUCAAGAAGAACCCUCUUCUCGGUCCUUCUUCCUCUACAUUGGAGAAACUGGGAGCUUUGGCAUGGGGGAAAAUAGUUCAUAAGCGUCAAGGUUGGAGACUAUUAACAUGUAUGUGGUUGCACGCUGGUGUUAUCCAUUUGCUUUUAAACAUGCUUUGUGUCGCCUUCAUUGGAUUCCGUCUGGAACAGCAGUUUGGUUUUGUUCGAGUUGGGACAAUCUAUCUUGUGUCAGGUUUCUGCGGGAGCAUACUAUCUUGUUUGUUUCUUCAGAAUGCCAUUUCCGUAGGUGCUUCAAGCGCCUUGUUUGGUCUCUUAGGAGCAAUGUUAUCAGAACUGUUAAUCAAUUGGACUACCUAUGACAACAAGGGUGUGGCUCUGAUAAUGCUUUUGGUGAUUGUUGGUGUUAACUUAGGAUUAGGGACACUUCCUCCUGUUGAUAAUUUUGCUCACAUUGGAGGUUUCUUGGGUGGUUUUCUUCUUGGUUUUCUUCUCUUGAUUCAUCCACAGUUCGAAUGGGAGGAAAACCGAUUUUCUCUUAUGCCCGGUUCAAUUGCUAAACCGAAGUACAGCACUUGUCAACUCGUGCUUUGUAUAGCUGCAUCCAUUGUCUUUGUCCUCGGGUUUGUUACUGGGUUGGUGUUACUAUUCAGAGGAGAUAACUUGAACAGAUAUUGUAAGUGGUGCCAUAAACUUAGCUACUCUGUUAAAUCUCAAUGGGCAUAACAUAUUCUUUUCUUAGUGCUAGAUUAUU